AUGAUUCACCAGCAAAGUGGACUUUUGUUGUGUCUCCUUUGUUGGAUCGCGGUGAAAGCAGGUAAGAUAAUUCUUGGUGUUAAGGUAACCUAAUGUUGAUAUGUGCGUCAUUUCUUUACCCCAUUCAACUGUGCAAUCAAAUUAAGUCUUUUUUUUAGCGAUCGCCUUAAAACGAAAAUGUAGGUAAUAGAUAAGUUCAUAGACGUCAAAUUUUCCAUCCUUCAUUUUCUUUAAAGUUCAGCUGAAAGUACAAAUGAAACCUCAUAACAGAGAGCAGUAUUUGCAUAAUUUGUGAUAUGAGACUUUUUGAAUGGCUAUGUCGUAUUACUGUGUUCGUUUGACACUUGGAGAAAACAUAAAAAUUCAAAAGCAAACUGUGCCCUCUUUUAUUUGUCCCUUUUUUUCAUUUCCUUUUUUUUUUGACGUCGUUUUGACUUUAGAGAUCGGUGUAGUGCGCAAAGCGAGUGAAGUCUUCAAUACUAAUCCUUCGCGUGAUUCGCCUCGCGGUGGAAACAAACCUCAUUACAGAUAUUAACGCGAUCGAAUUUUGAAGUUACUAGUAAGCUUACCACUGAGAUGGCGUUUUCAUCAAAUUUUGGCCUUUAAAAACUCUUAAAGGCCUCGGUUUUUCAAUCUCAGCUCGAAAAUCUCUUUUUCUAUCCAUAACAGUUGGAGGUAAAUUGAAAUUUAAAUAUAUUCAAGGAGUUCGUCUUUUUGCUGAAAAAUACAGUGUAGCUACGAAGUUAUGCUCGCCCACGUUUCUUGAUGUAUUUAUAUAAUAUCUGGUCUGAGAAAGUAAUCCUUCUUAAGAAGAUUUACGAAUUUUCUGAAAAGAAUUUGUGUCAAAUGAAUCGUGGCAAAUAGUAGCGGUUAUGUGCAUUGUUACCCCUUGUAGUUGCCACUACAGCUGCUGCACAAAAUAUUCGUUCUGACACCUCAUGAUAUCGCGUGAUGCUUUCUUGCGCUUCAGACAUCAGACGGAGUAAGAAAGACGGGAAAUGUUGGUUUCUAUUUUAAAGGUGUCGAUUUUAAGGCUGAUUUUAACGCAGCUACACAAUAACAAAAUUUAUAAUCGCACAACUAUUGUUGUCUGUGUUUGUGAUGGAGGAUAUGUGAACUGUAUAUCGUCGGGAACUGGUGCAGUUUAAUCAGGUCACAAAGAGACUCAAAGAGACCCUUCUUAGAUAUCGUCAUGAGAGAAAAGCAGAAAUAAAGCUUGACUUUCUUAAUAAAGUAUUUGCCUCUCUGCAUGGCACUUCAAUCUCAAAAUGAACAAAAUAUAAAAAGUACAUCCGUUAGAUAUGUAAUGCAGAUCUUUAUCAGACCAGUCUGUCUUGGAUGCCAAUUACACAACGUGGAAAUGGUUCGGCUUGGUUCUCUUCUAUUUGUGAGGAGCUUUCUGUGAAGUCAUUAAGAUAUUUUCAAGAUUUUAUACCUUACAAAGAUGUAAAAUAGUUAGUUCACUGAUCCUUUUAAAAUUUUAAAAUUAGCAUCCCUGAUAUUUCUUUGUUAAUAUGCAUACUCCGUGAAGUACACGCAGUUCAGUUGCGAAUCAAAUAUUAGUUAAAAUAAUUUUUUGUUGUUGUUUUAUUAAGUUGGAUUGCUUAAUUUUAAAGAUGAAAUGUGAAAAAAUUCACUCCAAGCCUAAUUAAUUGAUUUUGUCUUGUGACAAAAUUAUUAAUUAACAUGCUUGCUUAUUUUCGUCUGGACUUUAAGAUUUGUGGAAGAAGCCAAGUCCAGACUGAAUUGUUUAGAAAAAUUUGCCUGGUUAAAAUAAUCUAUUGGUAAAAUCACUCUGACAAAGGGCUGACACUCAAAACGUCAGCUCUAGAAGAUCUUGACGUGGCCAAUUUACAUUUAUCAAUUUAGUUCAUAAAUCAAUUUAUUUUGUGUGCAAUGACGGGUUGGUUCUGUUAGUUAAAGGUGUGAUAUUACUUAUUAAAUAAUUUUCUCCCUGUUUUUUGGCUGUAGUCAGUUAUUUGAACAUGUUAUAGUUAAUGUAAGUGGCUUUUAAUUGUCUAAAACCUUGAAGUGUAUGGUUAUAAACCCUUUGUAGCUUGUAAGCUACAGAUCAUUGACUAACUAAUAUCUGAUAAUUUGUAGUCAUGCUUUGUCUAACAGGGACUCUUUCAAUCUUUUUCAUCUUACUGUAAUUUUUAUAACAGUCUAUCAAUUGGUAAGGUGUCUUUUGAAGACUACAGUAUAUUGACUUCUUUUGAUUUAACUAAAGUUUUUGUGUCAAUGGGAAUCGCGUGUGAUACAGAUUGUUGCGGACUUCCAUAAGUGCUGAGUAACAUGCAUGUCAAUAAAUUGGUAUGAGAAACACUUCCCUUAGUGAAGAGUUUAAGAGGAUAUCUAGAGGUCAAUGAAGCUCAAUUAUCUCUCCAGUUCUAAAGUUUAAAAUAAAUGUGAUAUUUAGUUACAACAAGUUGCAAUAAUAUCAUUAUUAAAAGAUCUUUUUGUGAAAGAUAUGAGAAUGUUGGAAACGAAAACAUGAUUAUGUCAUAGCUCUGCAAUAUAUCUUUAUAGUUAGCCAAACUGAGAGAAAAUCAUGCAUAGCAGUCAUUCUUUGUGGUCAGAUGCAUGUUCAGCUGACUCACAUUAUGUUCUGCACCCUCUCUAAAUUCAAAUCAGUUUUAUUAACAUUGCUUAUAAAUACUUGCUGAAAGCAUAAGCAAAAUUGUGUCACCGGUUAUUCUCUGACAGGAUUCAGUCAUGUGUCCAUUUAUUAUUGCAUAGGUCUAGGCAUUGUUAUCUUAAGAGAUAAGUGCACUCUAGCAUGUAAUUUAUUUUAUUCAGUUUUCUCAAAACUUUUAAGAAUACAUUCUGUUUCAGCUAUAAGGGUACGUCAAAAAUUGCAAAGACAAGUGAAAAAAAGUUCUGAAAAAUAGCUGAUGAGAUGAACAUUCUUUCAAGCUGCCAUGUCUUAGCUUAGGAAUCAGCAGAAGAAUAUUUAGUACACAAGAUAGGGGGUCAAAUCUGAAGGGGUUUUGCUAUGUGUAUUUUCAUGUUUUCUAGUGAUGUUUGGAACAUUUUUCUGCUAUUAAAAUUCAUAAAUUUACUUGUCUCAUUGAUUCUCUCUGAUGAAAUACUACAACAAAUGAGUAUUUUUUGUCUUCCUUCAGAAAACCCUCCAACCAUUUCCAGUGUGACAAAAACUCCUGUGAGCUUUUAUGAAGGGGGCAGGGUGACACUUCAUUGUUCAGCUACAGGCAACACACCCCUUACCUACCAGUGGUUUGCAACAGAUUUUGAGGGUAAUGCCAAGGAUGUUUCAUCAAUUAGACACAGUCAGCAACCAAGCACAGGUCAGCUUGUUAUAAACAGACUGAAUCAUACUCUAGAUGAUGGUUAUUACUAUUGUGUAGCAAGGAAUCCAGCUGGAAGAACAAGAUCAACAAGAUUAAAAAUCCAAGUUUCAUGUAAGUGGCUUAAUUAUUACAACUUACCGUAGAUUUAUGAAGUAUGUGUGUUUAGUUUGUUAACCCUUUAACUCCCAGACCAAAUUUGUAAUUCUCCUUACUGUCAACCAUACAAUUCUUAUAAUGUUAGUUCAGAGAAUUUAGAUAAACUAAUUAUCUCCAAAUUGAUAGUUCUCUUAUUUACUCUCAUAACUUGUCUGGUUGAUAUUGCAUUGAUUUUUGUAAGGAGAAAUUCUGUCUUGGUCACUCAUGGGAGUUAAAGGGUGAAGGCAUGCUGUCGACCUGAAAAUGAAAUGGCUGUGUGUCACUGCCUUUGCUCUGAUGAAGCUAAUGAUUGCAACAUCAGCUUUAGAAACUUAUUUGUUAUGAUGACCAAUUUAUAUUUAUUUAUCAACUCAGUUAUUAAAAUCAAGUUAUCAUGUAAAUCACCCCACCAGUGUAAUUCUGCAAUUUUUUUAGAAAUUUUAUAGUUACCCUCUUUAUUCAUUUACCUUUCAAACAACAUAUUUCCAAGGAAUUUUUAUUUUGAAGGAAGUGAAGGAAAAUUACAAUAAUUGUAGAUCAGAGCUCUAGAGUUCUUCUCUAAUUUCCCUUGAUUUGAUUCAGUUUUGUUUGAUUGCUUCACUUCUGUCAUAAAUUUUUGAUUUUCAAUUUCUCUUCCCAACAGUUCUAGAAAAAACACCAAAUGUUGAUACCAGUGUAAGUCUCAGAGUACUGCAGGGGGGUGAAUUCACCUAUGAAUACCCUGUUAUAAAAAGUUUUCCAAAGCCUACAAUUACGUGGACUAAAAGUGGCAGCUCUAUGUCUGAGACACAACGCAUCAGUUUUUCUACUGAAGGAAACAUUUAUAUUGGAAAUGUGGAAGUAAAUGAUGUAGGUAACUACUACUCGAGGGUUGAGAAUGGAGGCCAGUCAUUUAGUAGAGGUCCGCUAACAGUGAGUGUGACAGGUGAGUAAUCUUGUACAUACACACAUGUUUCAAUUAGGUUUCAGAUGAAAAUGUUUUCUCUCUCACCAGAGAAAUUUGGACCCUUUUGACUCUUUCACUCCCAUCAUUUACUUAGUGAUUCUCCUUACUCUCUGCCACACAAUUCUUAUGGUGUAGUUUAAAGAAUUUGGUAUUGGAUCAACUUAGAAAUCCUCAAUAGAUAUUUUUCUUUAUUCUCAUUACUUUCCUGCUUGAUAUUGUAAGGAGAAAUUCUGUGUUAGUCACUCAUGGGAGUCACCAAUACAAAGGGUUAAUGGGUUUAUUUAAUUCAUGACAAAAUGUUUAAUGACUUGAAUUAGAUGUUAUGUUAUUUCAAGUCCUAUUUUUGAAAAAGUAAGGUAAUCACCUUCAAAAUGAGGGAAACAGAAAAAUAUCAGAAACUAAAGUAUGAAAGAUGGCAAAUUUUCAGCUAUGAAAGAGAAAAAAAAUUUACCACUUCUGAUAAUAUAUAACCAAUAACAUAUAAUAUAUUGUUUGCAGCAAGGGGAAACAUACCUGAUACACCAUAUAUCAUUCUUGGCCCCGCAAAUCAGAGAGCUACAGCGGGAAAGACAAACAGUGUUACAUUUGAGUGCUUUGCAAGUGGAAGGUGAAGAUUUAUGUCUAAUUUAAUGUUUAUGAUAGGCAAACCUAUCGAACAGAAAUUUCCAGAAUGGCUCCAGAGCUUACUAAACCCUAUUGCUCCCAAGAUCAAUUGUUAAUUCUCCCCUCUAGGUGCCAACCAUUUUCCAGUAUAUCAAUUAUGAGAAUUUUGUUUUAGAUUAAGAUAACAACUUCUACCUGAUAAGUUGGGGUAUUCUCAUUACCUGUUUGCUGGAUGAUGAAGAGACAUUAUGGGGAGAAAUAACUUGUUAAUCACAUGUGGGAGUUAAAGAGUUAAAGAGUUAAAACUAGAGUUGAUUUAAAUUUUGGGAACUGGAGAUACAAGUAGUUGACAUUGACUGACUUCAAGAAGUGAGGUCCACUACUUAUUGUCUUAAUGUCUUUUCUUCAAUUUUGAAUUGCUUUUUUCUGCAUUUUUAAAAUAAUGUUAUUGUGUAUUUUAUUUGCUGUUCAUACUUCAGUCCUAUGCCCUCGAUAUCCUGGAGAAAGGCCGGGCAAGUGAUUUCUCAGAGUGCAAAAUUUUCUUUUGACACAUUCAAGAAGAGACUCACUGUUCACAAUCCAGCUGUAUCUGAUGAAGGAGUCUACGAAUGUCGAGUAACUAACAGCAGAAAUGUCUUUAAAACCAAGAGUGCAAACUUGACAAUAAUUGGUAAGCAUGAAAAAAAUGCAGUUCAAUUUUAUUUUUUAUUUACUAAAAUGUAACUAUCAGAGUUUAUUGGACUGAGUGUUGUAAGGCCAAAAUCUCAACCAGACUGACCGCAACAGCCAACCAGAACAAAGAGAAAAUGUUUUAAGGAGCCUAUUGGAGUUCAGAGUGACCAAGUCACUUUUAGAUUUAGUUUUGUAUCUGGUUGAUUGAGAGGGUGGCAAGAGUUUUUGUUUGACCAAUCAGAGACCAUCGUAAAUCAAAACCAACGCUAGUGCGUAUUUCUCUCGGCAGUCAAUUGAAACUUGUUCAAUUGGAUUCUCAUCAGUUUUUAAUAUAUUAAAUACAAAAAUUCAUUUCGUUUCUUUGGUAGUUAUGCCAACGUUUACAGUCACCCCAACGAUGGCGGAUAAGUAUCCUCAAGAAUCAGUGACUUUUAAAUGCAGUGCGACUGGCACUCCAACACCAGAGAUUACUUGGUUUCACAAUGGCCAAAAAGUUCCACCUUCGACCACAGGAAGGAUCCAGAUAAACAGUAAAACUGACCUGACAUUUAUAAGUCUUCAAUCGGGCGACAAAGGAAGUGUUCAGUGCGCGGCAACCAACGAUGCUGGCGAGAUACUGAGCAAAGCUUUGUUGCGUGUAAAAGGUAAGAAGUGUAUCUGGUAUUUUCCUGUGAUAGACCUUUAUAAGAAAAAAUCAACCAGGUUAUCCAAGGGUGGAUGAUAACGCCGGCUAUCCCGACACUGGAUAAAUCUCUAUCCGUUGGAUAUGGCAGAACGUUUUGUGAACACCUAUCCGCUGGAUAGCGAUUUAUCCGUUGCAUAGCAAUUUAUCCGUCGGAUAGCGCUAUCCAUCCUUUGAAUACUUAGGCCCAGGACUGUUAUCCAAGCUCUCAUGAUUUCUAAGGCCUGCGUAAAGCUCGCUGGUCAGACUGCUAGAUUUAAAAAGUAACUGAUAAGCCGCCACAUGUUUAAGUUCAGCUUACGCUAAGCAACUUGGGUUUUCACUGCGAGUCAUUCUCUACCCAGUUGUAUAAGAGUGGAGCUGUGACUGAAGUAUCCGUGCUGACGAUUUUGCCGUUAUUGUCUCUGUCUGAUUACUGUGGGGGUUGGGUUGUGGCAUCUAGUCGGCGCAGCAAUUCGCCUGUAUGCCUGGUACCAUGGCCAAGGGGAACGAUGUUAGUUGCGACUGUUGGGGAAAGUUAUUUAAUAAUUGAUGAUUGGGAUUCAGUUAAUAUUUUUAAAUGCGUUGUAUUUUGCAGAAUUACCUGUAUGGAUAGAUGUUCCACCAAAGAACACAGACGCUGUGGUUAAUGACACAGUGGAGUUAGAAUGUGUGGGCCGUGGAAAUCCAUCGCCAACAAUAACCUGGCAGAAAAAUGACCAAAACAUCAACUUCGCCAAUAAUCCUCGAUACUUUCAGAAGUCUUCUGGUUCACUGCAGAUUAGCAGAAGUCAGAAGAGUGACAGUGGAAAAUACACGUGUAUAGCAACCAACAGCAUUGGCUCCAAGAGGGCAAACGCUUCUCUUAGAGUGUUAAGUAAGUUUAAUCUUAAUAUGUAUUUCAUGAUCGCUACGAUCGUUGAAAAGUUUUGCAGCAAUCUUUCUGUUUUAACUAUCCAAUGAAAACUACUUCUGUUUGUUUAUUGCAGUCAAAACUGUGAUCGUCAAUCCGUUACCAAGUCAAAUAGACGCUAUCAAAGGAAUUGAUAAACUUCUUCCGUGUGGGGUCCAAAAAGACCCGGAUAUAUCAGUCAAGUGGAUUUGGACCAAAGAUGGAUCUACAGUCGAUGUAUCCCGGAUGAAGGUUCAAAGUGAUGGAACACUACGCAUACUCACUGUGCAGCAGGGGGAUGCUGGGUCGUACACGUGUUUGGUACAGUCUGAGGCGGGAAACGCCAGCACUACAGGACAGUUGAGCGUUCUCGGUAACUUUUCAUCGUUUUCUCUUGUUUUGGUUAUAACUCAGGAAAAGAAAUUGAGAAGCUGAGUUAUUUUUCCCCGCAUUGUUUUAUCCGUUUUCCUUGGCUCACUUUUAUGCUCCCAACAUGCCUAAGUUAUCUUCAUUUGCGAAUGCAAAAGCUAAUAAAGGGAAAUGUAUCAUGUCGUAAGCUGGUUGAGCCAUGAGAGUUCCUGAUCAUCGAUCAACGCACAAUUUCCCCUUCACGUUUAUUCCAAGGGCACCAUACGCUGAAUUAGUUUAUUUAGAACAUCUCUUUGGUCGUCAAAAAAAUUAAUUGCCAUUCAUCACGAUUUUGUACGUUUUCCUCAAAGUAUUCCCGUUUUGUUUAUGGGGAACUGCUUGAAAGCAAUUUCAUCCCGAGGAGCUAUGUUUUCCCGCUUAAAAAUGCUCACAGACUUUUCUGUAUUUUCUAGAGAUACCGCUCGCACCCACUACCCCAGUGGUAAGUGACAUCAAGACGACUUCAGUUCGCUUAUCGUGGUUUCCACCGGAUUAUAGUGGUAACAGCCCCAUCACAUCUUACAAAAUCGAAGCCAAGAAGGGCUCCAACAACUGGCAACUUGCCAGGGAUGACAUCAAUCCUUCUGAUAGACAGAUGUCAGUCAUUGUCCGUAGUCUUUCGCCGCAUACUCAGUACCAAUUCCGCGUGAGAGCUGUCAAUCAAGUCGGAGAUGGUGCACCCAGUGGCGCGUCCGGAGUGAUAAGGACACUGAUAUCAGGUAACAGAAUAUGGCCGGUUCUUUCUUCUUUGUUUUGGGGAAACCAUCCUUUGGAUCUGUUGGUUUCUUCAAUUUUGACAGUUAAACGUAAGCCGUGAAAAUUAUACAAAAGCUGCUCGAUUUACCGACUUCACCCUAUUGUCAUGGUAAUCACAAGGAAAGAUCAGAACUUUUGUAAACCAAGAUCUCUCCUAUCUUUCUUUCAGCGCCGUCUGCAGCUCCACAAAGCGUCAGUGGAGCUCCAACAAGCGCUGAUUCUAUACUCGUGCAGUGGCAAGUGAGUGUCUUCAGCCUGUUUGCAUACUUAAAAAAAUAUUCGUCUUUUUAACUGAACUUUUUAUUUACAGCUUGUACAAUUUUCAUUAAAAAUGUCAUUAUUUUAAUUUCCGUUUUCAGAUUCCUCCUCCUGAAACACACAAUGGUCCGUUGCGUGGUUUCAAAAUCGCUUACCGUCUGGCUGGCGUUUCAGCGAGUAGCUUCAUUAUAAGAAAGAUUGCAAUUUCAUCUGCUACUCAGGGCAGCAUCGACGGACUUCUGCAGUGGACUACGUACGAGAUUAAAGUGCGGGCUUAUAAUGACGCAGGAGACGGGGUGUACAGUCAACCAAUCACAGUCACCACAGCAGAAGGGCGUAAGUUUUACAUGGCUUUUGAUUCUGACCGUUCUUACGUGUUCGCAUCUGUUAGAACUUUCUCGUCCAGUGAAUAGCAUUUCCAACUCUACAUUAUGAUAGUUAUAUAUAUAUUUGGUGCAGAGAUUUGCAAACACCAGAACUGGCUGGCGAGACCGUUCUGUUUUUAAAAGGAAUUCUGUGAUUUCAUAGCACUGUCUGUUCAGAUCAGCUAAUGCCUAAAUUACAUUCACCACUCUUAUGGCCUUCAUUUCAAAAUUAGCCAAAAUUGCCGAAAAAAAAGGGACCUUUAUAAAAUGGAUUCGAACGCUUUCACCCAUCCUGACUAGUUGUAAUUUGGCUGCAUUUGCUAAUUACUCUAUUACAUGUUGUUGCAGUACCAACAGCUCCACCACAGGAAGUGAACGUGAUUAACAUUACUACAGUCAGUGUAUAUUUAGAAUGGAAACCUCCACCUCAAAAGCAACAAAAUGGAAGAAUAAAAGGAUACAAGGUAUUUCGUGUUCUCAGCAGGUAGAACAUUUGCCAAUUUUCAUUGGUGUAUGGCGUAACACAAAACGAGAUCUCUGUAACUCAGCAAAUAUUUCAAGUUUCUUUCUAUCUUUCGUUCAUCGAGGGGCCCGAUCUUACACCCUUUCUGCAUGUACUUUUUUUUUUCCCCACAGCUCCAAGCUUGGAAGGGAAGCACACCCAGCAAUAUCUACCAGCGGGUAGCUGAUCAUGACGACACGGCAGCUAUUCAGAAGGGAAUCCUGAGCGGACUGGAGAAAUUCACUCAGUACACUAUAGCUAUAGUAGCCUACAAUGGCGCAGGAGACAGUCCGAGGUCUGAUACUAAACUUAUCAAGACCGAGGAAGGAGGUACGUUCACUUAAUGUUUGAAACAUUUAUUGAGAUGAAGACAAUAUAUUGCGUGUUUGAUUGAGAGAUACUGGCUGUUAGUGCUUAUAGCAUUUUGUAUAAACAUGGCAACAAUUGAUAAUUAUUUUAUCCUCCCACAGUUCCAGACGCGCCUCGGUCGUUCACAAUCUCCGAGGUCUACGCGGACGCUUUGAGAGUGAGCUGGGACCCACCUCUACGACUGAAUGGUAUUCUUACUGCGUAUUUGGUAAAACACUGGCGAAAUGACUCUCUCCCAAGCAGCGGUCAAACGACGCGUCUCUCAAACGUCACCUUAUCACACACAGUGACAGGAUUAGGAGCCAAUACUGCGUAUGUUGUCGAGGUGUCCGCUGAGACCCGAGUGGGGGCUAGCACGAGUAAGAGACUGGUGGCGAAAACUACGGAAUCUCCCGGUAAGCAAAAGCUAUCAAAAAUUUUUUGAUAUGAAUCUUGGAAGAAAAUUGUAAUGUUGUUUAUUUUACUUUCUUACGGCUUAACAAACAUGCCUCAGCGUAUCUUGUGAAGAAAAAUACCAGGCUUUAGAUAUUGGAUGUGUUGCGGCGAAGAGAGCUGAAUUUUGAGCGUCAGCUGUUUUACAGAGUCUACUGAGUAGAUAACACAAACUGAGAGGGCAAAGUAACUUAAUGCUGGCCGUCCGGGGGAAAUAGACCUUGACUUUUUUCACUGAGAGUUUGAGCAUUAAUGUACUGGACUAAAACGUAUGGACAAAAUAUUCUCUUGCAGUCAAACCUGGUGCACCACAAAACCUAAAGGUCAUAGAAGUGAGGGCCCGUUCGGUGGUAUUGGAUUUUACCCCUGGAUCAUCUGGCAGAGCCCCUAUACUGACCUACACCAUACAGUACAACAACGACACCUACUAUGACCCAGCAUCGUCAAGCUGGAAGACACUGAUGAUUGUUCGUGACGCUCAUCUCGUAUGGAAUUUACUUCCUCUUGAGCUACCGCAUCUGAAACCGUACAGAGACUACAGAUUCCGAGUCACUGCCAGGAACAAAGUGGGAAGCAGUAGCCCCAGUGCCCCAACGGAUACAAUCAGAACGCAAGAAACUGGUAAGGAAACUCGACGGUAUCUUAUAUCUCCCUCUUUCCAAAAACUAAACUUGACUUACUUCCAUACUUGAGCAACCAAGGUUGUUUCCGUCCACACAUGCACUUAACACAGGUUUUGCCCAAACUGCACCUCAUAGGAGCUCAAUAAAUGGCUUAAAUAGGCACAUUGUAUAGCGUACAUUUAGCUUUAAGAACACAUCCGAAGUUUGCCAGGGUGAUGCACUCGAAUCUUGUUGAUAGCAAUGUUUUUACCUUCAUUCUUCAUUCAAUGUUCGCUUUUAUUGUAAAAAUCCUGGUGUCCUUUUUGACACAUCGGAUGUAGCGUUGCUGCUGUCAAUUUAAUUAUUUCGUAGUCUUAACUUUUACCAGUCUUUCAACUGAAGCCAUGUUAUUUUUCUCCACAGCACCCUCCCUUCCCCCAAGCAAUUUGACUUUGCUUCCACUCGGGAAGGAUGGACUGGAACUAAGGUGGAAGGUAAGUUUAAAAGUGAUCCUUUGAGGUGAUUUUUUUUGCCUUUUAGAGAGUAAGCACGAAUUUAUUUGACCGAACAGAGCUUAGGGAAUCCCACAAUAUCUGCUCACAUCUUUCAGAUUCCACCCCAAGACACUUGGAAUAGCGACUUUAUAGGAUUCAUACUGCGAUUUGAGCCGGAAGGAGUUCCCAGUUUCGCGUUUGAAAAUAAAUUUCCAAGCAGUCAAUUAAACUACUACAGAGCGGGAGGCCUUUUGAGACACAAACGCUAUAAGGUCUCCGUGAGGUCCUACAAUCUAAAUGGUAAAGGAGCCAGCAAUGGCAGUGCGGUGGCUUGGGCUUGGACGCAAGAAGAUGGUGAGACCGAAUGUGUAGAAUUUAUGAUUUCUGGUGAAUAGAAAAAGAGAGAUGGUAAAUUUUGAGCUCGGUGAAGAAAUAGAGAAAGAUGUUUCUUCGUCUUUUCACGAGGGUCAAUUCACGAAUAUAUAUUUCUUCACCGAGCUCAAAAUUAACCAUGUUUCAUAUUCUAUUUGCAAACACGCUAUCGACAGUGCUGAUCCAAGAAGUAUGCAGGACGUGUCAUAUAUGAACUUCGUAAUAGUCUUGCUCACCAUAGAGUCUCUGUGGCUCAGUGGUAGAGCAUCGGAGCGCGGAAUUCGAAGGUCUGAGGUUCGAUUCCUCAAGGGGAAUUUUCUCUUUGACCCACGCUUAUGAUAAGGAGGAAAAACAUCUUUCUUUAAGAUUUCUUUUUUGCUUCACAUAUCUGUUUUAAAGGUGUUGUGCUGAAUAUGGAUACCGAGUGUCAUGGGUUAAAUUCUUCAUCUUUUUGUUUCAGCUCCGUCCUCAGCGCCAACUAGUCUUACUCCAGUAGUAACAGGUGCCACAUCUGUUACGCUCAGAUGGGGACCUGUACCGUAUGUGGGACAAAAUGGUGUAAUUCUUGGUUACAAGGUGCAGUAAAUACCUGGCAGUUCUUCCGUAAAUUUAAGCCUCUUAAUAUUUAUCUUUUUCAUUUUGUUUUUCCGAGUCUGCGCAUCUCAAAUACUUAAAAACGUCAUCUUGAAUUUUUAAGUGUAUGCCCAUAAUUGAAAGUACCUGAAUAAUAAAAUGGUGGAUUUUUUUAUACGACCUCAUCAACAGGAACACGUAAUAAGCAAUGUUAUUUGAUACUAACUCAGUGAGUUUGUGUGAAGUGGUCUUUAAAAAUGUACAGGUCAUUUUAUUUCCUGCAAUCUGGGAAGGGUUUCUAGUAUCCUGGGAAUUCUUCAAGUGACUGUUUUGUGCAAAAAAUAGAGAUCGUUUUUUUAUGUCCUCUUAGAUAUACUACCGUAUUUUUGGGAAGCAAAACACGGAGAAAGAGAAGGAACUCUUCAAUGGUCUCGUGUACUCUACCUCCCUGACGGGACUGGAGAGCUUUGUCACUUAUGAAUUCCAAAUCCUUGCGUACACAAGAAUUGGAAAUGGACCAAAAAGCGCUGCAGUUAGAGCCACCACUCUAUCAUCCAGUAAGUUAAAUUACCAGAUAACGCUUUUGUACUUGGUAGGUGUUUGAUAAGUUGAUGGAAGAGCAACGAUUUUAGAUCAAAGUGGUUAUGCUGACUGCAAAAGAAAGCGCAUAUUUGUUUAUUUGUUUGCGAUGUUAAGACAGGCUAGCUCAAUUCAGCUUUAAAACUGGUUUAAAUGAGGGCCUGCGUAGGCAAAACAAGGCCAGACCACAACAUGAGAAGAUACGUUCCCUACUCUUUGCAAGAAGUGCGUGGGUUCUUUAACGUCCCCCGUGCUAACCAGCACAGAGGAGAUGCAGGGGACGGAGCCUACGUUUUAUUGUUUACUGUCUUACUGUUUGCGAUGUCAUAGCAAAGGCAGCACUCUCUCCUUCCGUUAUUUUUUAAGGCUCGGAGUAUUGGUCUUGUCUGGAGCUUGAGCCCUCAAUCUCCCGCACGACAGUCCGGCUCUCUACAACAAACAGGAGUUACUCAAGUGCAUAUAACAAUAUAAUUUGGUAAAAACUUGUAAAUCACCUUAGGAUCGCAAAUGAAUAUUGGAGAGGUGGAGAACUCUUAAAGUGUAAAAUUCCUCGAAGAGAAAAUCGUGUCGUUUUAAGGAAAAUGUUUUACGUAGAGAGUGACACGAUCUUACGCGGUUGGAUCUUGUCCACGUGAUUUGUUAACUUGUUGCGUAAGUCUUGAGCGACGGACAUGCUUUUCAUGAGAUGAGCGACAGCAAGAGUGUCCUGACGAGAAAUUCGUCCUAGAUCGUUUUUCCCUUUUUUUAAAGUUCGGACAUGGUCAGUUGCUAGCUCUCAUCAUAAGCAGCUCAAAGUAACCUGUUUUGCUAUUUCAUUUUCAGGUCCAGGUCCCCCUUCUCGUGUCCGUUUUACAUCCGUCAGUCGAGAGACCGUGACGAUAGCGUGGGACCCACCAGUGUACCCGCGCGGCGUCAUCCAAGGAUACAAGGCAGCAUGUCGUCUAAAUACGUCAUCUGCGUCUGACCCCUAUGUGUGGCAAAGCACCAUGGGAAGAAACGAUCUCAGGAGGACUGCUGGCCCUUUGAAUCCUCAGUCGUUUUAUCGCUUUUACCUUUGGGCUUUGACUAACACGAGUCAAAGCGAAAAUCCAGCGGAGGCAGUUGUUUAUACUGGAGGUUCAACAGGUUUGUAUAUUCUAGUGAUUCACCUACUAGUGUGGGAACGUUACCCUAUGUCUAGUGCGCUGGAGUCCAGGUCAAAAGAUCCGCGUUUAAGACCUGGGCCGGGUCAGUGAUUUGUGUUUUUGGGCAACACACUUCACUCUCACAGUGACUCUCCAUCCAGAAGGUAACCUUGCUAUGGACUAGCAUCCUUCUCAGGGGGAGUACAGACGUUACCUUUACCUUCUAUAAGUGGCUCAUACCGCCAGAGGUGAUACUUUAUUUCAAAGAUUAAGUUCGUUGCCAUUUCCCCCCUAGUUAGGACAAUGAUGCUGGUCGGCUAGCAUUUUGCUAGGUUCCCCUGACAGUUUGCCUCCACUUAAUUACAAUCCUCGGUAGAGCGAGGUAAAUUGAGAAUAAAGUGUUUCGCCCAAUAACACAACACAAUGACUCACCAGGACUCGAACCCAGACCUCUCGACCUAGAGUUCAGGUCAUGCAGGUCGCUGCGUCGCGUAUACAUCAAUCACCAACACCUCUUAUGGGACACAGACUCUCCUUUGCUCAUUUAAGAGAUUGUGCCCUUUCUUCAGGCAUCGAUCCGUGAACAGAAAGUUCCGAGUUGGCAAGGUUACGCCAUGUCUAUUUGGCCCAAGGGUGUCCUCUUUUAUCGGUGAAAACAAACAAACUAACAAACAGAACAAAAAAAAUAAGUUUUUGGCCUCCACCGGAACCUCUUUCUCAUGCUUCGAAAUAUAACGUUUUCCUUACUUAACAGAACCUCCUGAUGCACCAUACAUUUUGCCGGUCUAUUUCUCGGACAUCGGCGAACGAUGGAUAAUCGUAAAGUGGCAAGCCACAUCAGAUGCAAAGAGCCCCUUGAGGUACUUCACCCUGCAGCUGAACAAGAAUGACGAGGGCUGGCAGGUGUACUCGGCAAACGUUCUCCACGAUCUCCGGAGCCUUAAAGUGGAGGGACUUUUUCCUGGGGAGUCAUACACGUUCAGAAUUAUGGCCACAAACGACAAGGGAAACAGUCCGUACAGUGCGGCGUCCUCUUCUGUUACAACUCGUCUUGCGUGUAAGUGUAACGUGUUAUGCUAGAAAUGUAAAUAGUACUUGUGCCAAAAGGUUUUGCUUGGCAAGUCUUCUUCUCUGUAAACUGACGUGCCAGCUUUUGGACAACGAGGGUUGUCAGGGAAAAUUUGUUGGCGGCGGAAUUUACUUGGGGACAGGACAUUCCUCAUCAAAGACACUUUUUCGUUUGUUUGUGUAUUUCUGUUAUUAUUAUUUUUUUACGUAACUUCCUACCUGGGAGACUGUAAAAGGUGCUAGGGAAAAUUCUUCUCAAGGAAGUUUUUCAUUUAUGAGAGCCAUCGACAGGUUUGCCUUUGGUCAUGUAAAGAGCAAAUAGUCAUUCCUUGACAAGUGCGGAAAACGAGCUGGGAAUAAUGCUGCGUAGAACUGAUACAACUUUGAAGUUCGUAAGAAUCUUUCAGCUUGACUGUCAUUUAAUAUGCUGUUUGUUUUUAAAUCGUGUUGUAGUGCCGACUGGGGCUCCACGCAAUAUCACAGUGACGUCAUAUCCCACGUCACUUGACAUUAAAUGGGCGGUAAGUGGCCUCUUUUUGUGUCAUUUUUCAGUGCUUGGGCGUCAAAAUGCGAGACUUGAUUUUUCAUCUCGACUGAAGCCGGUUUAGAUUAAUUACUUAUGCGGUAUGCUUUCCUUUAAUUGAAUAAAACCUCCAAUAUUAAAACAGAAAGUGAAGCAGGUUGUCUGUUACAAGUUUAAGAAGAGAUUGUGGUGUUUAAAAGACUUUUUUGCCUAAGCCUAAAAUUGUCAACUUGAACUUCUAAAGAGAAGGUGGAAGGGUGGAAUAUUGAACUUGACAUAGGAUCUUCUAGGAAGGUGGGCUUAUUUUUCUUUCAUUUAAGAUUUACACCAUCUGUAAAACUUGGGGUCCCUUUUGUGCUCGUCAUUUUCGCAUUUUUAUGUCACGAAACAAUUUCUUACUUCUUGACUUUUAUCCAAAUUCAAAGGCUCCACUUCCACAAGAGCUGGGUGGAACUCUACAGGGGUUCAUUUUAAAACACAGAGAAAAGAGUGCCGCUGGCAGUGUGUUUAGCGAGGUUUCCUUGGACGCCAACUCUCGUAACCAUAAAUUAGAACGCUUGAAAGUUUUCACGGUCUACGAGAUCAAAGUGGCGGCUGUGAACGAGAAGGGACCUGGGCCCUAUUCCCCUCUUUACAGAGUGACAACCGGAGAGAAACGUAAGUGUGAUGUUAGAUGUAAACAUUUUUAGAUUUAUUUUGUUUAACAGAAUCAUACUUUGCAAGGGCCGAUUUCUCUUUAUUUUCUUCAUUGUCGAGUGAGACUAAUGCAGACUUCUAGUCGAACCUGUAGGGUAGGGCUGGGGUCGCUAAGAAACAUGAUAUUUAUUCUGCUAGCGUUUGACGCUUGAAGAAUUCCAGGACAAUCGUGCUCUGUAUGAUUUGAUAGCAGAUAGAAUAUGUGCCACGAUCGUUUCAACAAGGGAUAACAAUGGGAAUUGAACCAUGAGUUAUCUCAAAUGGAUUGCCAAGACGUCUUUACCUAAGUAAGAGAGAUUAUUCCAUGAAAAGUGCGCACGAACGAUUUCUAUUCACGAAUCGCAAUGCAUCAAAAAACGAACGAGUGAGCGCAGCGGACGAGUGAGUUUGUUGAUGCUGCGCAACGUACCAUCCUCGGUGUCGCUGAUUGGCCGAACUAUGUGUAAAUCACAAUAAGUAUGAAAUAAAGUUAUUUUUGUGUCGCUCUUCUGUCUUGAUGUGUAGCUCCUUCGGAAGCUCCUAAGGAUUUAACAAAGGGUACAGUGACAAGAACAUCCAUUGGAGUCAGGUGGAUCGCACCCUCUUCAGCUUCCUUCAAUGGACAUCUUAUGGGAUACAAGGUCAGUAACGCGUGUUGCGUGACUUACGAAACUUACUGCAGUGUUCUUUUGUCAAUUGUCUCAGUAAUGCAAAUAUUUUUAAUCUCCAUAUUUCUUUCUGAUUGUAGGUUUAUGCGCAAGACCUCUCUCUGACUCAAGGACGCCGCAGGAGGAGACGAUCUUUGGAGGCUGGAGUAUGUCCGCGAGAACCUGGACCCAAGCUGCUGUUCGUCCCUCCUCACCUGAACAACGUCAACAUCACUAACCUUCGGAAAUAUGUUAAAUAUAGAAUCUGGGUGCGAGCGUAUAAUUCCAAAGGAGAGAGUCCGCCAAGUACGUCGCUGGAGGUCACAACACAUGAGGACAGUAAGUGUUAACUUUGCACGAUAUAUUGAGGAGAAUAUUGUUUGUCUUUGAUUGAUGUUUGUUCCGAACCUUUUCACUCGCCUUCCCUCCCCCACUCUUCCACCUCUCUCUGAAAUAGCAAGCAAAAUUCUGUCCUCGAACUAUUAUUGCCAGAACUGAAUUUUGGAGAUAAUGUGUACUCUCUAUGUAACCCAUCACAAAUGGAUCUUUAUUCUUUGCAUUACUUCUAAUCUUAUUUUACCUCCGCCCAACUAGGACCCGAGCCCCCAGCCGUUUUCCGUGCCGACGCGGUCUAUAAUGCCCGCGUAGACCUGUACUGGAAACCACCUUGUGAACCGAAUGGAGAAAUUCUUGAGUACGAGAUCAGCUAUGGCAGGACAGCGGAGUUAACCCCCAACAGCGACCGGGAGAAGAUAGUUGUUGACGGAAAAAGAGAAACGAUGAAAGUAACCGGACUGGCGAUGUUGACGAGUUACUCAUUUCAGCUCCGUGCGAGAAAUUCCAUGGGUUACGGACCGCCAAAUGAGUUUCUUGCAAAAACAAAGGGGCCUGCUGGUGAGUGUUCAUUCGCCCUGCCGGAAUGACACGAAUAAAAUUUUUACUCCCUCAGACCAUGAUUUAUUAACUCCUGAGAGUUAUUGGCUUCUAGUUUCUCCUUACAGUCUCACCCUUGAAUCAAAUGUAAAGAUCAUGUGAAUGAAGGAAAUGAUCACCAAUUUAAGAAGCUCCUGAUUGUUAAAUAAAUUCUCCUUGUCAUUACCAUAGAAAAUGUAGAGAGAACACUGUGAGGAAUGUUAAUAUUAACAUUAGGGUGUAAAUAGUUAAGUGCCAUGCUACUGACACUCGACGUAUUUCUUUAAUAAUAUCAUAUGUGUGUAAAGUUCAACAGCAUUCUAAUCAUGUUCAACGAAAAGACUCAUGAAGGCAUUCCUAUAAUUCCGUAUGUGCAAAUAAGUCAAUACAGGAACAAAAGAUUGAGCUUUGUCAUAUAACUUCUCUUUGUUACAGAACCUCCGGGGCAACCUGGGAAACCUGUGGUACAUCCGGGCUCUAUUACUGCUGUUAUAAUGUGGGUGAAUGGGGACAGUGGUAAUGUUCCUUUCGAGAAGUUUGAGAUCCAGUCACAGACGGAUGGUAAGUACUAAUUUUGUUGUCGAUAGAUGUGAAAACACCAGUUUUCAGGGAGGGGCUGGGAAAAGUGGAAAAGGUUCCUAUCGGAGAUUUACAUCACCUCACCAGACCAUUUGUACUGCAUCAUACUUUUGCUUAAUUGCAGCGCAAGUCCGCGAAGUUUUGUCAAUCUUGUGUGUGUUUUUUUGUUUCUCAUUAAUACGCUCUGAAAUUGAUAAGCCAUUAGGCUUCGAUAGAGACUUCGAUAUAUGAAAUAGACUCAAAUGAGGUGGACUAAACCUCCAGGAAAGUUUCGCACAGUGUUCUUAAACUCUUAAUCAGGGUAAAGUUAAAGCAUAGUUUUUUAUUUGUUUCCAGGAUCAGAAUCUUUUGCUACCAAUUGGGAAGCGAAUCCUGACGAUACAAGAAAGAACCGAUCGUACGUGUCCUACACAGUUGGAAAUCUGGAGCCAAACACUGGAUACAGGUUUAGAAUAAUCGCAUGGAACGAGAAGGGCAAAUCAAAGCCAUCUGAACCUUCAGACAGAGUUAUUACUGGUCAGUUAGUUACCUUUCAGAAUAAUGUUCUUCGACUUUAUCACGAAAAGUGUGAAUUUCUCUCAGACUCAAUUUCGUGUGAACGUUAAAUGAUGAUAUACGUAGCGAAGUAAGAGCGAAUAGAAAAGCCGUACGCGGCCUCAAAACGUGUCAGUGAGUAUUAAAUUGCCUUUCUAUACUCGCCAGGCGCUGUGAGAUUGUCUAUGGAUUUCAGUACCUUUUGACCAUACAUGAAAAGCUCUUGUGAAGCUGUUUGUGAAAAAAAAACCAAUUAAGGGGUUUGAGGUGGGGAUGGAGACCUUGUAAACAUACUCAAAAUUCCCGGUUCGGUUCACCGUUUUAAAUCAGAUUUAGAGCUGGUCUGUUAUACCGCCGUGUGAGAUUAUGGUAUCCGUUUUACAAAUAAUUCUUGUGCCUUGCAGGUUCGGCUGACAGCGACCUUCAGAGCGGAAUCAUUUACAAACAGUGGUGGUUUAUUCUGUUAAUGGUGCUGUUUUUUAUUAUUCUCGUUUUGUUGAUCGCUGGUUUCGCAUACCUCUGCUAUCGUCGCAGAAAGGGUAAGAAAAAGAAGAGAGCCAAACCUCGGUCUUGUCGAUAAGCAUUUUUAUUAGCGCAGUUUUCUUUUGAGUGUUGGAGGUAAUCUUAGUUUUGCGGUGGUUUUGCUUUAUUUCGCACUGUGAUUGGUUAAAGAUUCGCGCCGCCUAAUGAACUGAUCAUAUGCAAACCAAACUCCAGUCGUGGUAUGGUCACUCGCCUUUUCCCGCGCUCUAAGCAGUUUUCUCAUUGGCUACUGAUGAUAUGUACCCAUGCUCUGAUUGGCUGUUAUGUUGUGAUUAGCAAUUUUUGUGAAAAAAAAAUCCUUAUGUCGCAAAAUACGAUAGUUAUUGCAGGCAUGAUUGAUUACUUUUGACUAAUUUCAAUGGUAAUUAUCUAGGAAUGAGAUCAGUUUAUUUCACAACCAGAAUGUGGGCUAUCCGCUAUCAAUGUGAACAGAAAUGGUAGUUUGGGUUGGUUUUGGCAAGGGAGCAGGGGGGGCUUUCCACGUACUUACAGCAUCAACUUUGAAGAGAGCAUUUUUGCAGCCAGUUUAUCGAAUCAGAGGUUGCAAACAGCACUCUGGUUUCAGAAACAUUUUUAGGGUCACGUUACUUACCGUGGGUUUUGUAUUUGUUUUGUGUAUUACUCUUAAUGGAAUUUGUGACUGGUCAAGGAUAAUAACGUCUCCAUUCCUCUUUUUUUAGAAGACGCAGAUCAAGGUUCGUCUGCUGGGGCCUCUACAACACAGAGCACACUUGAAGUGAUGAGGAACACCUCGCGAAACGGAACCAUUAGAAGUGGAACUCUUCCAAGCGUUCAAAUGUAUGUGUUAUUGUAAAUAUCUGUUGUGUUCCAGUCUCCUAAGCUGCAGCGCGACUGAAGAAAAGCGAGAACAAAGAGGAGAGAUUGAAGAGAAUUUGCAUUCUUCCCAAGCUCUAAAUUUUCUGCAGUUGUCUGUACGCUACUCCGGGUAACAUCACGGUUCUGUUUACCGACUGGGCUCGCCUGGAACGGGCUAUUUUUACUUUUGUAUCACUCAUAAUCCCUAUUACAUGUUUGUACUGCUUUUACAAGUUUUUAAUGUCUGACGUUUCUCUGAUUUUUAUCCUCUCCCCAGUACUUAUCGGGACGCUAAUCGUGAGCCGGAGGAAGAUGCGAGUAGCUUGGGCUCUAAAGAAGAGCCGUCGGACAGUGACAGCGGAGUGUCCGAGAUGACGUACAAAAGAAAACAGGCAGAUAUUAAUUUCAUAGGCCACUACUCCAACAAUCCUAACCACCAGCAAUGGAAAAACUCACUUGGCCGAACAAGGCCGGCAAAUGGCCGAAACUUAAUCGAGCACACAACGGAAGAAUCCGACACACCCGAGGAAGUUCCGAUCUCUAGAGCUCUCAAGUCCUUCUCUGCAAUGUCUCUACCGAGGGACAAACGAGAUGGGCCUCCAGCAUACGAUAAUCGCAGAUUCAUGGCCAAAUCUGCUGACCAGUUAGACCGAAUUGAAAGGUCUCAACUACCUCCCGAGGCUGUGACGUCAUUCAUGUCACCGGACUACGAGCAGAAACAAAAGAGACCAGCUUAUCGGGAUCGUAAAGAGCCCUAUUCGCGUUCGCGGGCCACGCGACCUGCGGGCUCAUUGAGAAGAUCACGCGAUCAGAUGGACUACAACGAUGAUAGCAGUACACCACCUCGGUCACCUACACGUCCAAAUACUGGAAUGGGUUACCUGCCGAAGACGGAAAUUCAGAACCGAAACAGAGGAGAACCAAGGUCGAAUAGUUUCCGAAGAGCGCUCGACUUUGACCCAAAUCCUCGGGAUUCCGACGGUAGCUCGAAAUAUUCUGAUCGGGCGUCGUCCAGUAGCAAUGACCACCGAGAUACAAGGACAAAUGCGAAUUCGAUGGGUCGGCCCAGAAUUCAAUAUGACGAAGAACCUGGUCGUAGAAGGCGGCAACCACAACAGUUGCCCAGCCUUCAAAUGAAAUCUGCUAAUAAACCGCCGCGGUAUCACACCCCGCCUUCUCCGUUAUCUCCAGUAUCUCCAGCACCCUCCUACCACAUUGUAGACCCAGUGUUCGGAGGCAGAAUAUCUCCAGUACCGUCUUACCACGGUUCUAGUCGAGACGGUAACAGCGAUCACUCGGACGGCGGAAGGAUUCCUCCCCCUGUUUUAUACAUGGACAGAACUGGUCACAACAACGAGAAUUUUGACCCAAGUGAACCCCACAUUUCAACAUACUCCUCGUUCGUCUAGCUUCUUGUCACAUCUACCAUUAAUUUAUAGUCAGGUCCUCUAGUGAGUGACGGGCACACGUUCUUGAAGGUCUUAACCAAAUCUCUUUAUCAUUAAAUGUCUUCCAAGAUCUUCAACCAUACCAUUGCUUGAGAGGUAAUGUAUAUUCUCUCUAAGGGAGAUUAAACCUCGCGCAUCCCGAAACAGACGUUUGUUAAAUAGUAUACAGUUAUACCUACAGGCAAAAGCUGUCAUAAGAAGACAGUUUUAAGUUUAUUUGGCCUUUUUUGGCCCUAUUUUUGUACGGUAACAGUUUUAUAUCCCUAUUGUAAAUUCAUUUUUGUGCGUGUAAAAAGCAGAUGUGUAAAUCGUUUAUCUCUUAACAGUAUUUUUAUAUAACAUAUGUGGUAAUUACAAUGUUGUAAAUGAGGUAUUUUUUUACAUAUCCAUAUAUCAACAACUCAUUUUUAUGUAAAUAUCUCAGUGGAGUGAGCUGAACGACUCGACUGUUCAUCCUCAACUACAUGUUGUAAAUAAUUACUGUUCUAGGUUAGAUAGACCAGAGCAGUGAUGACUUUGUACAAUAGUGAAACAAAGAUUCUUUAGCAAAAUUUACCUUUCGAGUUAAGGAAAAUUAAAUCAACAUUUGCUUGAGCGGAAGGUUAAGACUAAAGCGAACAGAGGAAUUUAGUCAUUGAUUUGUUUACAUGGAUUCAUUGUAAAAGUGUCAUAGCGCUUUAGUGAGUCUUAGAUUAGAGAAAAAUUAUAAACAUCAUUCUUCAACCUACUUUUUAUUUUUACAGUUUAUGUCAUUUUAACCACACUUAAAUGCUGUAGUAUAUUUAGGAUCAAUCAAAAGUUACAAAAUUAUGUGUAUUGGAUGUUAUUUGGGUGGCAAGUCAGUAAACAAGAAAAUCAGGAAAAAAUAGCUGAUCAAAUUUGUUUUGGCUGUAGCAUUUUCUUCGAGAGAAAGUACAUUUUCAAUUUAGCCUUCAAGGCUUUUACCAUGCUGGUCAAGAAUGAAGAUGGAAAGGUAAACAUUUUUAGCUCUCCUCUAGUUCUGUAGUUUGAUCUCUGAUGAUCACGGGAUCGUAAAUAGAUAUGCUGUUGAUUUAGUCUUGAUGCGAUGCGUUGAAUGAUUUUUUCUAAUACUUAGGUGAUAUUUAUAGAAUAGCUUUCAGAAUCACGAUUGUUGCAAUUGUAGAAAAGAUUACAUUAGACGCUGUAAACGAAUUGCGAGCAGGUAGUACCAUUGAAUAUAGAAUGAAAACGUUUUGAAAAUCGUCUGUCUUUGUUCAUUAUCUCUAAUGUUGUUUAAUGUUACCCAUACAUUGUGGAAUUUCUCGAAUCCUCUACAUAGUCCCUGAGGCUACCCUUAGAGUUCUCUUUAAUUGAGCUUCUAAUAAAAUUAAUCUGGGGGUGCUCUGGUUUUGCUUUAUUUCGCUUUGUGAGUGGUCCAGAAAACGCGCGCCCCUUACUCUAAUCCAUUUGGAUUCUAGUCUAAAACCAGUCGCUACUGGGCCACUCGCGUUUUCCUGCGCUUUAAGUCGAAUGUCCUUUCUCCCUUCACAGCGAACUCGCCAAUCAGGACGUUAACGAAUCCGCUGACCCAAGACAUUAACGGACUGACCCGAGACAUAAACGGACUGACCCGAGACCGACCCGAGAACAUACCUUGCCGAACCGAAACCAUAGCUCGCCGACCUGAGACAUUAGACACCUUUUGCAGACCACGACAGCAACGGCAACGAGGAAGUGGCAAAACAAAAGAGCUAACGGGCAGAACAAAAGCUCAGCACGUGCGUUUCGAAACUGUGUACAUUUCUUAGGGCUUGUUUACAAGGUAGGGGACCCCAGAUAGGUGACGUAACCCGCCUAGCCGUGGUCAAUAAUAAAACGCGUUUACAUACAAUCUUACCACCUCGGGGUGCUGGGGUGAGGUUUCUUGAGGUUGUUGUUGCGCUUGCAAUUAGGGAGUUUGAGCAUGCUCGUCCCAACCCCACGUCUCGAGAAAGACGAAAGAUUAAUUCUCGGACACGUAUGUAUUUGUACGUGUUGUGUUACGCGGUGUUAGGUUACGCGGUGUUAGGUUACGCGAAGAACCAUGCAUUGACUUAAUACGUUACGUAUAAUGAUAGUUUAAAAUAUGGUCUAUUUACAACGCCAUAUAUUCCGAAAUGGGAACACUUUAUACUCCUUGUAUGUCCGUUGCAGUUUCUGGGGAUUUCUGCCAUGACAUGGCUAGGAAAUGUACAAAGUUCUAAAACGUACGUGUUUCGCUUUUGAGCUUUUUGCCAUGAACGGGGUCCCGGCUAGGCGGGUUACUCCACCUUGAGACGUUUACAUGACAAAUUGUCACCCCGGUUGACAGGGUUACCCUACCUGGCAGACCGGGCAACCCGCCCAGGCGGGUCACCCCAGCCACCUAUCAUGUAAACGUGAUCAAGAUAAAUUAAGAAAUUAUAUGGACAGGCGGGUUACCCCACUUAGGCGGGCUACCUCACCUACCUGGGGUACCCAUGGGGUCCCCAACCUCCAUGUAAACAGGCCCUUGGCUGUCCUCUGUAAAAGAAUAGAGUGAAAUCACCAAAAUUUGUGUGGCCUGGUGAAAGGAAACCACGACGGCAAAUUAGUUAAGUUCCAUUUGGAACUCAACGUCGCUCUCCCAAGUUAUGCUGAGGUUAACUUGCGUCGCUGUAAGAGAUGGUAAACACAUCAAGUCAUUCGCGAAAUUCCAACAAAAAUUAUAAAUUCAUUUUCAAAUCAGCGUCUUCCUUGGCGUUGCCGUCCUGACUUCUCAAGGUCCCUAUAAACUCGCUGACCCUAUACCUGAACUCGUCGACCCAAGACUAAUCUACUUGAGACGUUAGCCGAUUGACCAAACGGCCUGAGUCGUUAUUAGCCAACGAAUUUCUGUGGGACGAUGGUGAAACUUGCCUAAAGGUAAGCCGGCCGAGAGGUAAGCCUUGCGCUGAACAGUUUCUUAAAUUUUUUGUAUUUGUAUUUAAGUUGGGGAAUCUUUUGUCAGUGAGUGAUUUUAAACAUAUACUAUUGGACAGGGCUAACUCACUUAUUUAGAAAUACGAGUUGCAAUAAAGACUCUAGUAGGCCCACGCCUUCACGGGAAGAUCACGAGUUUGGACCUGGAGAUCAGAAGGUCGAAGAGAGAGACAAGGUACGAAAUAGAGUAAUGGCGAACUGUAGUGUUGAUGAUACUUUCCAAUUACCAUGGAUUGCAAAAUUUUUCCAUUCCUUUGCGCACGUUAAUUUUUAUUUUCAUAAUGUUUCAUCUGUUUUUGCUCCUACUCUUCAAGAUUACCAACAGGUAGGAAAAUAUUAGAUUUAUUUUGAUGCGUUUCUCAGGCACAACGUAGCGACUUUCUUGGACAAACGUAGGCUCAAUUACAGUAGUGCAUUAAAAGUCGUUGUUCGGUUCCAUUUAUGAAGAUCUUGAUUUUAUUUCAAGUGGAAAUAAAAUCUGAGUGUGGGUUGUAUUGUAGAGAUUCGAUCAAAUACAGAGAUUCUUCUUACCUGAUUUGAUGUAUGUCAUCUGUACCAGAUUAUCGCUACAGGUCGGCCUCUACUUAUAAAUAGGCAUAAAACGUAACAGACGUAACCUGUUGAUUCUUGACGCCACGUUCAAUUAGCUUAGACAUACUGUUCAAGUCGAUCAAAGGGGUGACUGAGUGGCGUUUGAAAAGUUGGUUAAUUGUUUUUUUUUUCCGAAGGUAGAGACAUGUCUGUAUGGCUAAUUGAUGGUGGCACCUCUUUUAAACUGUGUAGUGACACAAAACAGAAAAGAGGCUGCCUGUGUGCAAGAGAAUAGUUACAACUUGACAAAUAUUGUGCUAUCAAAAGAUAAAUUGUUCUUUGCCAUUGAGGUUACCCUAAAACUAAACCCAAAGCUAAUUGCAGUACUGUAAUAACCAUUAAAUAUUUGUAGGUCUUACUUGUAAAGUUUCUAUUUCCUUUGCAGGCAUUAUUCCUUUAUGCCUUGGGUCUAUGCCUUUUUGGUGGUCUUGUAUUUCUUAUCUUCUGUGGACAUUUCUUGGCAAGUUGGUGUUCCUGUGAUAAGCACCAAAGACCUCAAGCAAAAUGUGUGAUAGCUUUGCGAUGCAUUGUUCUGAUUACAUCUGUUUUGUGCAGGUUGGUAAUUUUUUUUAGUAUUAGUUAAGAGUGUAUGAAAUAAAAAAUGUCAUGUGCUGUUGGUGUACCUGUAAAUAAUAUUGGUUUAUGAUUUUUCAAAUUAAUUAGGGAAGAAAUACUGGUACAUGUAAUAUUCAAUACUCUGUUGGAGCAAUUAAUUACUAAAAUGUCUAGUUUAAAAAUAUUAUUUCAGAGUCAAUCAUAUCAAUGGAUUAGUUAAAAAGUACUGGAAAAUUUAAGAAUCAGUUUAAAUGGUGUACUGUUAUUCUUUUUGUUACCUCAAUUUAUCAUUUAUUUCAGUGGUGCAGGAAUUGCAGGAUUUAUCUUUAAUAAAACAAUAGAUGAAGGAGUAACAGGAGUGCUUGCAGCAGCAGAAAAUGUGAAUGAAAGUCUUUUAGAAAUAGAAACAAAGGUACUAAUUACUCAAAGUUACUUGACAUGUGUUAGUUUAAUAAAGUCUCUUUAUUUUCUUGCAUGAAAUUUAGACCUUGCAGUUGAAGUAAUCAAUAUUAUUCCUUUGAAAUUACACCAUCACAUCUGUAAUUAGAAAUAACAUUUACAUAGAUGUAUCUAGUCUCAAUGGAAAAAUUGUUUACUUUGGCUUUUACACCAGAGAUGUCUGAUCAACAUCUUAACGCCUUGUUAUAAGUUUCACUAGAACUGCAGAUAUAAAUCAAGUAAAGAAAUGAUCCUGGCAAAUGGACUGCAAUUUUAGCCAUUGCAGAAAAGAGGUUUCUGAGAGGAAUUGUAGUUAAGUGUUCAACUAGUAUUAGGGAGGCACAGGUUCAUAGCCUGAAUUUUUCCAGGGUUAACCCUUAAACACCUGUGGGUGACUAGCAUCUAAUUUCUCCUUACAAUGUGGCCCCUGGAUCGCACAUAAAGGUCACAAAAAGAAAGGCAAUGAUCACCAACUGAAGAAGCUCCUGAUUGUCCUAAAAAUUCUCCUUUUCAGCACCCUAAAAAAUGUAUUAGACAAUAGGAAGGAAAACUUGCAUACUGAUGUCAGGGUGUCAAGAGUUAAUGUGGUUUUUUUUUUAACAAACUAUAAUCUUAUGGGACUAUGUUAUAUUCCAGGUUGAUUUUGUAAAAGAUAAGCUGAUAGACAUGGACAGCAUCCUCCUUGAUGCUAAAUCAGACUGUGCGGGAUUUUCUAUUGGUGAAGAGUUGAUAGAUAAAGUUAGAAUCUACUUGGAAGGCAUUGUGACCAGUUUAGUGAGAAUAAAGAGAGUUAAUCUUCCUCCCAUAAAUGGAUAUAUCCAUGACAUUGAGUAUUACAGGUGAGAUAACUAUCAUUUUUAAUCUCACUCUCUUACCCGAGGUCAACCAAAUUGUCGUGGCAAGGUAGUGAAACAGUCUACAACAUACAGGGUUUUUUGUUUAUUGUUGUUGUUGUUUUUUGUACUUUUGAAGAUUUUGUAAAUGUUUCAUAAAGGGUUUCUACAAGAAACCAUGAUCAAGAUGAUAAAAUAAGCUAUUUUUUUAUGAAUUUCAGACGGUGGACUACUUUUGGUACAAUGUGUUUGACCACUCUUGCUUGUUUGCUCGUGAUUUAUGCAAUUUUAAGAAGGAGCAGAUGUGGAUUUGUACUGUAAGUACUGAACCCUGUAGAUCCCCCUUCCCCCCCCAGGAUCCACCAACCCCUGUUAAACGCACAUUUGCCUCUCAGCAUUGUACACAGUGUGCUGACUAUGGCAACGUCUCCACCUCAGUUGUAAUCUAUAUAAUUAUCUAGGUCAUAUUUUGCAUGUGUCACACUUCAAACCUUGCUAAGGGCAGAUGUUUUCCUUUCAUUACUCUUAAAUUGACUUGUAUCUUUGCAGAGCCAUAUUAGUUGGAAUCAUCUGCCUCCUAAUAAUUUGGUGUGGUGCAGGAGUUGAUUUGGCUUUGGCAGUUGUAAGUCACUUACAGAACUCAAUCACUUUUACAACAACCACACAGUUGACACUGUUUUGAUCUUGAAAUUGUUGUUUACUGCUUUAGUCUCUUGACUGCAAGGUCUUACACAAGCUUAGUAGUUAUGAUGAUUACUCACAGAACAAUGCUAAUGGCACUCAUAUUUGACUUAACAUGACAAACUGAAGUCACAUGCCCUUCAUUUGUUCAUAACAGUGUAUUUUACAUAACCAUACACAAAUAAAUAACUUUAAUCAUAACCAUUACAAUUUCCUCGAUUGUUAUUGGUGCAUUAGCUGCUUUAUUUUUCAUAAAUCAUUCUGUACAGCUGUAAUCGGACACCUGUAAUUACACAGCUGAAGAAUCUAAUCAUACUAAGUCCACUUAACCAACUCCACCAAUCACAGAAUUAAGCACAAUAACCAUAGCAACAACCACUUAUCCUAGUAAAACUGAAGAAUUUCCAAAAUGGAGAAAUUUUGUUACUUUAGGCAUUGUCGCUACCAGAGAUGUUUUUCCUAAAUGCAUUUGUUAUUUUCAGAAAUUGUACUGGUUAUGAUUAAUUGGUAACAGGACUUUUUGUCUUCCAAUUGUGUCUGUAAUCAUAUUCAUAAUUGACAAAUUGGACCCCCGCUUUGUGGUCAUCCAAUUUUGUUAAUCACAUGAAUGUAUCAUUUCAGACCGAAUUGGACUCCACUCAGUCCUAUUACCAUUAUUAAUUACCAGGUCAUGGUCAGAGGCGUACUCAGCAAGAUACUUUAGUUUGCAAUUUUCUGACGAGCCGUUUUUGUACAGGGUAUGUCUGAUCUGUGUGUGAAUCCUAAAGGAACAGUUAAUUACUACGUCAAUAGUCAACCUGUGUUGAAAAAUACUGGUAAGAUAUUUAGUACUUUCUUUUUUUUCUAAUUGCUUUGAGUUUAAGUUUGUUCUUGGUCAAUUGACCCUUUCCACCCUGACGUGAUAUGAUUCAGGGAUGAUACUGUAAGGAGAAAUUAGACUCCGAUCACACCUAAGAGUUAAAGGGUUCACACUGGGCAAAUGGUAAGACAGUUAUUUUGAAGAGAGGUUGUACUUCUAUUGUAAGAGAAUCUGACUAUAGUGUGAAAAAGGAGUGUACUUGGAAUGAUCUGACCACAGAACAAAAUAAACUACUGUAAACCCAUCCUCAGUCGAAUCUUUUAUUCUUUGCAUUAGGUUCUCUAUGAUGUGAAAUUUUUUUUGCAUCGAGUUGUCUUAUUUCUUUACACAGGUGUUGUGAAAUACUAUAUGGACUGUCCACUGGAUGAACAUAAUCCAAAUCAAAAGGUCAGAGAACUUUUAAAGCUACUGACUUUUUAAAAGUACAUGAUGUUCAAUGCUCUGUUUCAAUAUCAAUUGGAGGGCUCAGAGCAAGAACGAUUCCUUAAUUUUUCGGCCAUUUUUGAAAGUGUCCACAUGCCAAAAUUCAACUUCUUCUGAACACUUUCAAAAAUGGCCGAAAAAUCAAGAGAUCGUUCUUGCUCUGAGCCCUCCAAUUGUUGAACUCUAAGGUGCAUUGUUAAAGCCUGACAAAAUCGUUGCUGGAAGUAGAAUUAUUGUUGAGGUUAAUAGUUAAGGUUUUACUUGAAUGAAUAAAAUUUUUCUUUUUCUUUGUACUUAGUAUGCAGAUAAGGCCAUGGAACAUUUGGAGGAAGCUUUAAGAACAUUUCUUAUUCUUAUGGAGCGAGCACAUGUAUGUAUGAGAUACAUUUGAUAUCUUCCAAUACUGAACAAAAUUUUGUAGAUGGGAGGCUAAGGGCUCUAACCUGCGUAGGCCACUAACAUCUCCCAUGGGGGUAAUGGGUGGUAUGUGUGGUGCUUGUGUUCCACAAAGCAUAUUACCUCCUUUAUCCAACAUUUUAACCCAGCGAUCUGUCCAAAAAGUGUAGUACACAAGAUCUUACUUCAUUUAGCAAACUGUAGAGCCCUGACAUGAUACUGGUCUUCAAAUGCCACCCCGAUACCCCCCCCCCACUGACAAAAGUUAGAACUGGGAUGUCUUACCAUCCAAUGUAAUGAAAUUGAAGCUUAACAUAUAAAUAUAAACUUAUUAUUAAGUCAAAAUCUCAAAACCUCAAUUGUUAUGUGGAAAAUCUUUAUGUUCAGGAAUUGAAGGAUCAUUUGCCUCCUGAGUGUGAAGAUAAUCUUUCGAAAGGUGACUGGGACUUGCACCAGUCACAAGAAAGUGUGUCCAUCAUAGCCAAGAAUCUUGACUGUGGAUAUGCACAUGAGGUAUGAAACUGCUCAAAUGCAUGUCGAGAAACCAAAAUCUGAGUGAUCAAAAUGGCAAAUCAUAACAAAAGAAAAUAUCACUUGAAGAUGAUGCAAACUCAAGAUAAAAAUGAGGAAACUGACUAAAGUGGUGGAAAACUUGUGACCAAGUUGCUAUUAAUGUUUGUUUGCAUCUGUCUGGUUGGGAGGGUCACACAAUUUUUAGACCAAGUACAAAGUAAAGCGAAGGGAAAGAAAUGGAAUUCCAGAUUGAUCCUGAUUUACUCAGAAUUUCUCAUUUGAUGAUGAGAUCUUGUUUUAUAAAUGUUUUGUCACCCCUAUUCUUCUACAUCACUGGGGAGAAAAUUGGUCAAGAUGUGUUUAGAAACUUUGUUUUUUGGUUAAAAGAUAAAAAUAAAAGGGGAGUUAAAUGGUCUUUAUCAACUUGCCAUUGGUGAGAGACUAGUUCAGCUGUUAAUGAGCUUUAACAAGCUGAAUUGUUCACUUUCUUGAUCAGAGGAUGAACAUUUGUUUGGAUAUUAAUAAUCCUAAAUCAAACAGCUCUGGAGUUGGAGCUAGAUUCAAUUGUUAUUGCUUUUCCUAAACAAAGUUUCCACCACGGCAAAGAGAUGGAUAAUAUAUACCCUCAUUUAGUUUUUCUUGGGAAAAAAAUGUAAAAAAACCAACCAUCGUGGAUUAACAAGGAAAUUUACUUCGUACAAACACAUUUAGAUAUUUUAUCUUCUGUUUGAGUGUUACAGUCUGCAAUAAGAGAGACAGUUAUGUAUUGCUCUGUAAUGUGUAAAAUAUAUUUUUUUUAAUUGUAGCAAUUCAAGUGUGCCCAGUACUCUGUGUGUUAUUACAUAGUGUAAGUAUAACAAAUCAAUUAGUGUAUGUCAAUGAGAUCUUAUUUGUCAACAGUGAGGUAUUUUCUUGAGCCAUUGGCUGACCCCUUCAGGGCUUAUCCCAGUUUUUAAGUCAUUCGUGAGUUGGAGUACUGCAACCACAUUCCCAUUGAAUGGGAUGCCAAGAUAUGACAGCUCACCACCAGACAUUUUAUCAGAGGUUGCUGGUGAAUCUACACUUUUUGAUCAAAAGGCCAGUGCACUAAUCAUAAUGCUGAGCACUGUGCCUUCCAAUCACAGUUGUAAUAAUCAACCCUUACUGUCUGGUUGUAAGGGAAACACUAUUGUAAGCUUUAGUCUCUGGACAUCCAAAACAAAUUGGAGAGAGACUCGGCUCAGGGGAUUAAAAAAGUGGACUUUUCUUAGGCAUUGGGUUGGUGUUGGAGAGAUAAACUUGUGAAUAAACGUAUAAAAGUAAACAAAAUGUACUGUUUAAUGAUAUUUAUGGUUCCAUUGCAGGGAGGGUGUUGCUGAACUGUUGCUUAUGACUCUUCUUAUUGGGUUUUUCCUCAUCAUUAACCUCACUCUGGUGCUGCCCAUAUUACUUAGGUAACUACUGCAUCUUCAGGUAAUUUAGUGUUAACAACUGGGUUGAAAACGUAAAUUAGCCACCGUAAAGAGUAAAAAAGCUGACGUUUCGAGCGUUAGCCCUUCGUCAGAGCGAUGGAGUACUGCAGCCAUAUUCCCAUCGCUCUGUCGAAGGGCUAAUGCUCGAAACGUCAGCUUUUUUACUCUUUGCGGUGGCUAAUUUACGUUUUCAACCCAGUUGUUAACACUAAAUUACCUGCUAUACUCUCCCACCGACGCAGCACCACAGUUUCUUUAGAAACUUACCCUUUUAUUCAUACUGCAUCUUCACAUGAGAAUACACCACAUUGGAUAUGUGUGGUCGUAGGUAGAGGUUGAAGACUGGGUCUAGAACACAAGAUCGAGGCUCUCUCUAGGCAGAGUCAUGUAGAGAAGUGAUUUGUGAAACAAGGAACUUAAAAACUGUUUUUGCUCUGUGUUCUAAAUUUUACCCAAAAUGCUUACCUGAGUAAGCUUCUAUUAAUUGUAAUUGACUAAGGAUUUUUCUUUUUUUAUGACCCAUGUUCAAACGUCAAACAUGGGCCAUUAAUUCUUGGGCUUUUACGCAAGAUAUUCCCUCUCUCUGGAAAUGGGACUUAACAGCUUUCAAGUUUUCCUCUUUGCACGAGAACGAAGAAAAUGAAGUGUGAAAACUGUUUUUUUUCCCGAAUUUUUCUUCGUGUUUAAGUUUGCGACCGAAAGAAUCUGCUAAAGACGUGGGAAGCUACCAUCCAAGUCUUAGGUUGAUAUAGAUUUGGCUUUCCUUCCAGUGAUACUUUUUGCUGGCCAAUGCGUACAUGUAUAUGUAUUUGUCCUUAUUUGUAUUAAUUGCUAUGACAACCCUAUACUCAUUGCUUCUUUCACCAGAACUCCGUCAUCCAAGGGUCGAAAGCACCGUAGCAUUUUACACGUGUGUGGGUGAGUGGUUUAAACAUUGAUUUAUGCAUUUUUUACAAAAAAAAAGGGCUUGGCCGCAUUUCAUCAUGGGUAAUAGAAAAUUUGCUUGAAAUGCGUCCGAAUCGACCGAAGUGACAUAAUUUCAAGAUAGGAACCAAUUUCCUUCACUUCCUGACUUAAUUCUAAUAAGAAUUGAUUCUUAAAUAAAUUUUUCAAUUUUACCCCAAUGUUACACUUUUGUACAUCAGAACUGUGCUACUGAUAUCAACUGUUUUGCUAUACUUUCACCAUGACUAAGGGUCAACGCUCGGAAAAUCAGAUAAAAAACUCUUCACGGGGGACAAUUUACAUUAUCGACUCAGUUAAUGAAACAAAGCUAUCUUGUUAUACUCCUCCACCGACGCAGCACCACAGUUUUUUUAGAAGCUUACCCCUUUUUUUUUCCACAGCAAUCCGAUAACAACAUGUCUCCAGUCUUAUCUCCCAUGCCCAAAUACGUUUUAAACAUUCCUCUGUCCUUUGCGAAUGAAACUGGUGUAUUUAAGGUGGUUGAGUGAAUACUCACUUGUGUCGUGUUUCUCCUCUUACCUAAUCUUGCUCAGCUCUGACUCCCCCAUUGGAACUCCUUACCAGUCUAUUUCGGAAGAAGAUCCCAGAACGGAGUCUGUACCCCUCAUUCCCAACGAUCUGCAGACACCAACGGUAAUGAAUAUGUAGACUGAUUGAUAUUGAUUUAUUGAGAAAUUGACCGACGGAGUUGGGGAAUGGUGGACUGGUUGGUUGUCUGACUGACUAACCGUCCAAGUGACGGACCACUGACUGACUCUCUCUGACAGAGUGACUGACUGACUGUCUGACAGAACGACUGACUGACUGACAGAGCCACUGACUGACUUACCAACCAACUGGCUGACUGUCUGACAGAACAACUGACUGACUUACCAACUGACUGACUUACCAACUGACUGACUGACAGAGCCACUGACUGACUUACCAUUAAGUGACUGACAGAGCCACCGACUGACUUACCAACUGACUGACUGACAAAGCCACUGACUGACUUACCAAAUGACUGACUGACAGAACCACUGAGUGACUUACCAAUUGAUUGACGGAGCAACUUAGCAUCUUACUGAGUGACUAACUACUGAUGAUUGACCUCUGACUGGCGGACAACUAAGCGGUACAAAGUCACGAACACGCUGACUGGUAUAAUGGUAGUCAUUUUAGUUUGUGGCUGCACGGGCUCUCCGUUUUAUCCUCUGCUUAAUCUAAAUUUUAUGAUGAACUGCAAACUCUAAUCUGACGAUCAAUGUUUCAUAACUUACAUUAAGUGAUUUAUAAAAUUAUAUUUUCCUUGUACACAAGUUAAAUGUCAUAACAGAGAGAAAUAUCGAUGAAUUAUCCUUGAUUCAGAGAGGUACCAACUUAAAAUUUAGCUCAACGAAUGUCUGCUUAUGUGAGAGUUAACUCUGUUUUUUUUCCUCUCAUUCAGUACAACGCCAUGCACCGGUCCUCAAUGGAGUUUCAUUCCUUCGAGGAUUCGUGGAAACCCGGGCGUUUCAGUUCAGUAGGAGCUAAUCCGUUGUUAACUGCUGCUUCUCCGCCAUCAUCAUCAGAUGUAUCCUCCAACACUGACCUUCCAAACAUAAGAGGACGAGGCGAGAUCAACAGUAUGGCGUUCUGAAAUAAGACAGUGACGUCAUCUUCUUCGCCUGACUUUUCUGAGAAGCUUUAAGAUGUAUCACUUUGCGGGAAAACUUUAAGCAAUACACGUUUGCCGCGAAAAAUUUUAAAACUUGUUAAUACGAAAGCCGAAAAGGGUUACUUAAUCAUUUAUGCCUACUUUUUAAGGCUAUUUAGAAUCUUUUGAACAUGUAGAUAGAUAGAUCUAUCGGCUAACGCAAAGAGCGUUUUUAUCAAAAAGAUCUUGAUUGUUUUAUAUUGAAAGUUAGCGGAGGCAUCUAUAUUUUUUAAUCUAAAUUAUUUGAUUAUUUAUGACAAUCAGGUGUGAAUACCUGUACGAUAAUUUUUAUACGAUUUAAUGACAGAUCAAUUGCAUGAAGUAUUUAGAGAUACAUGUGACAUUCUGUUUUUCUUGAUCGUAGUAAAAACUUUUAUUGAAUGUUGAGAAUAUAACUUGAUAUCGAGUACCACUUUUUUGGAAGGAAAUAUUUUUAUUUUAUGGUAAUGGAACGUCACCUGAGGUUGCGUGCAAACUGCAGUAUGACAUUUGUAAUAUUUGUGCAAAAGGUAGAAACUUUUUAGAAUAGAGAUGGCUGCUAUAAAGGACCACUUGUUAUAGAAAAGUGUCAAGGAUUUCUUCGGAAGAGAUGACGAAUGUAUGCGGGUAUGUUUCCGCUUCAUUUGUCGUUGAAACCUAAAUUUUACCUCUACAACUGAUAUUAGUCGCAGUAGAAUGUGAUUAAACUAUUCUUGAGAAAGGUGUGGGAGUAAUUGUAUAACGGACUUGAACUUGUCCGUAAGACUAGUAAGUCAUCUCCAUUAAAAUAAAGUUAUGCGUUGU